AUGACGCCCGCCGACAGCGAAUCCGCAUACUUCAACAACUACCCUCCACCUAAAGCCCUUCCCAAACAUGAAUCGCUCGCUAGAUCAUUCAUAGAUUAUCAUGUGGAAUCCAGUCGGCGCGUGGUACUCGUUACCUCUGGAGGAACUACAGUUCCCCUCGAAAAUCAAACUGUCCGCUUCAUCGACAACUUCUCCGCAGGAACAAGAGGUGCCACAUCCGCGGAGUACUUUUUACAGCAGGGCUAUGCAGUGAUAUUCCUACACCGACAGUUUAGUCUGCUUCCAUACUCCCGGCAUUACAGCCAUUCCACCAAUUGCUUCCUAGACUUCAUGGAUGAGGCCGCCCCGAGCGAUUCAGGCAAUUCAGACCAUGGACCCAUCGUGGUGCGGAAUGAGUACCAGGAUGAGAUGCGGGAUGUCCUCCGGAAAUACAGAUACGCGAAGCAGAACAACCUCCUUCUUUUGAUCCCAUUUACUACGGUUUCUGAGUACCUCUUUGAACUGCGCAUGCUUGCAAAAUGCAUGAACCCUCUUGGCCCCAAUGCGCUGUUCUAUUUGGCUGCUGCGGUGAGCGAUUUUUUUAUUCCACGCGACCGGAUGGCAGAGCACAAGAUCCAAUCGUCGGAAAUUCCCAAGGAAUUCAGCGGCCCCGAGGAGGCCGUUAGCACCGAUGACAUCUACACAGGCGGGUUUGAGCAGAAACCAGCUACGUCAAGCAAGAAGCUAGUCGUCAAUUUGGAUCCAGUCCCGAAAUUCCUCCACCAGCUCGUGGACGGCUGGUCGCCAGAGGGAAGCAUGAUUGUCUCCUUCAAGCUCGAAACUGACCCCAAUCUGCUCGUCUACAAGGCCCAGACGGCGCUGGAUACCUAUGCCCAUCACCUGGUGGUCGGAAACUUACUCUCAACUAGAAAAUGGGAGGUCGUAUUUGUCACUCCAGAUCCACCACAUGAACGCUGGAUUCGGGUUCCCAAGUCACGCCGGAGCAAGAGCAUCUCCGGUGUCGAAAAUCAGGUGGGAUUGGCCGAGGCUGCAAAGCGGUCAUUAGGGGACGAUGCCUCUGCGACUCCUGAUGGUACAGAGUCUUCGAAGAAUGAAGCGGUGGUUACGACCCGCGAGGGCACAGAAGUCGAAAGCCUGAUCAUUCCAGAGCUGGUCAAGCUGCAUUCAAACAUGAUUGGGAAAUUCCAUAAGCAAUAA